GGUACUUUAAGUUAUCUGUGUUUGCUUGCGUUACGGAAAGAAAAGUGAAAUCCACAACAAAAUUGAAAAUACAAAUUCCAUUUUCUAAACAAGAGUUUAAUAUGGCUGAUAAUGUGAACAUUGAAAUUUCCGGUGAAAUUAAUGCAACUACAGAAAAGAAAGGAUUUCUAAAGUAUGUCAAUGAAAUGGAAUUGUUGCUUCAACAUGUCCGCAGUGGAGCAGCACCUGCUCUGGUGAUGGGCGUGUUGAAUACACGCCGGCCAUGGACACAAUUUGUAGCCACUGAGAAUUUUAAGGUUCCAGCUUCCAUACCAAGAUUAUCACGAAGAUUUUAUCGAAAUGUGGAACAUUUUCAAGCCAAUUACCUUAUGAUAUUUUUGGGACUGUUUGCUUACUGUUUAAUCACAUCGCCUUUGCUACUAAUAGCAAUGGUAGCAAGUUUUUUUGGCUACAGGAAGUUAACAUCAGGACCUAAUACUUGGAAGAUCGGCAGUUGGGAGCUGACGAAAACCCAGCAGUACGCAGUGGCAGCGGCAGGAUCUAUGGCUCUGUGCUGGCUCGCCGGAGCCGGAGCUGUGCUGUUUUGGGUGCUAGGAGCAACGGUAACUGUGGUAGCCCUCCACGCGAGCUUCUUCGACGCAGAAGCGUUGCCGCCGACGGACGACCCCGAGCAGUUCCCGAUGAUCGAGCAAGUGUGACACCACCUGCCGCUCUACCUCCCCUCCACCACCCACCCCUUGACUCACACACACAUACCUAAGCUUAGUACCUAAUCAAAAACUUGUUCAUCUCAAUUUGAACUUAGUUAGUACUGAUUACGCGUUACGAAUGUUGAAAAAGUGGGCUGGUUACGCAGGAACGACUUCACCGAGACUCAGCCAAAGCCGCGGUUGACAUAAAAAUAGCGAUCACAAAGACAUAUCUUUUCCAUAAUACAAAUUGGCGUUAAUGGCGAUUCCAAUCCCUAUUUUGUAACCAGAAGACCAUAAUCUUAUUACUACUGCUACUAGAUGGCGCUAGUAGUAACCUAAAUCGCGCUAGUUGACUUUUAUACCUUCUGAGAGUAUAUUAUAGUCUUCAUAGGUAAUUUGAUCAUGUUAUGUGAGAAUUUACGUUUUUAUUAUUGGUUUAGAUAAAAUUAAUGUUUCUGCGUUCGUCUUAUAUGCGUUACCGCAUCGUACAUCAGAUUCAAUUUAAACUUUGUGACCAAUUAAAAAUAAUUUAAUGUUUUGUAUUAUUUUUACGCUUCUUUUUGUGAGUUGCUGUUCUGUAGAGGUCAAUAAUCCUGUUGCGAAAGUGAAUAAAACCG